GCCCUCGGUUGUGUGGCAACCAAGGCUGCAGGUGUUACAAAGGCUUUGACUAAGGGUGAUUGCCUUGGGUAUCGGAAACACCUGCUGACGCUUAGAGAAAAGCGGGGUAGCGGUGGUAUUGUUUCCGGCGCCGAGGAAAAGCUUCACCGGAACUUA